AUGAGUUCUGAUGGAUUAGAAGGCGGGACGAAGUGGACGCUAUCGUUAGCCGCCCAGUUCGAUGAUAUUAAUCGUUUAAACAAUGUGCUAAAUGAUGGAACAGUUGAAGAAUGUUUUCUAGCAUAUGUAAAGCAAACGGAAUGGGUACGACAACAGUGGGCCGCAUCAGAAGCCGAGGCUGCUCGGCUUCAAACAGAGCUGGAUGAGGCGUUGAGAACUUUAUCUAAAUGGGAGGCUAAAUUUGCACAUGUUCGUAAAAUGCUUGAUGGAGAGAAAAGGGAACGAAAUAUUGUGUUAAAAAAAUAUAAUGAAGUGAAUAAAUUAUUGGAUUUGGCCCGAGAUCUGUUGUUUAAAGAUAAUAGAACUAAGUUAAAUGAUGAAACACUCAAUAAGCUGGCCUUCCUCAAUGGUACUGCACAGCAGGAUCUUAACACCAAAAUCAAUGGAGCACAUGAUCUUAAUUCUACAGGAACUCUCUUAUCUGAAAUGUCGUAUUCCCGUUCUGAGGAUGACUUAGAUGAGUCCAUGGCAUCAGCUCAUCGCUCUUGGGCACACCGUGGCAGCUGGGCUGUACGAGAGAAUCCUCCGGCUAACAAGAAACGACGUUCAUCUACUAAUUCUUCUGCUACUAAGACAGUGGAGCUGCAAGGUGGAAAGGUGCUAGCCACGGCUACUACUACGCUCACAUUGGAGCGUGCUCCUACCUCACACGACCUUAAACCACCACAGAACUUUCAACCAAUAUCAGAGAGUAGUGACGAAGCAGCUACUCCGCGUCGAAAAUCUUCGCGUCGCUCGGACAGAAUGCAGCCUCCACAGGAGUUUGUCACACCCUCAGCUCCACCUAAAACUGAUUCUGAGAGUGCAUCGGACACGGGUCGCUUACCACAACGCACUCCUUCCGUUCUGUCAGCUGGGUUUGGUUCCCCUCGAGUAAGAGUCAGACAGCACAACUUUGUGGCCAAGACUUUCUAUAAGCGGGAGAUUUGUGCGCCCUGUGGGAAGCCAAUCGGAUUCGCUAAGCUGGGCGUUCGUUGUGAGAGCUGCCGUGCGCCGGCGCACGCAGAUUGCCGUUCGCUUCUGCCUUUACCCUGUGUACCGCCUGGAAGACUGUUGCAUAACCAGGAAGGGUGUAUAUCUGACUAUGCUCCAUCCACGCCUCCAAUGGUACCGGCGUUACUUGUUCACUGCGUUAAUGAGAUCGAGAAACGAGGGCUCACCGAACGCGGCAUAUAUCGCAUCAGCGCUGUUGAUAAGGAAAUUAAACGACUUAAGGAACGAUUUCUGCGCGGCCACGGCUCUCCACAACUCGCUAACGAAGAUAUUAAUGUAAUCUGUGGUUGCGUAAAAGACUUCUUACGUUCCCUUCGAGAACCAUUGGUGACGAACGCACUGUGGGCAGAUUUUAUUGAUGCGGCCAAACUAAGCGAGCCAAGUGAUGCAACCGCAUCUAUAGUACAAGCAGUCAGUCAAUUGCCACAGCCUAAUAGAGACACGCUGGCUUUCUUGAUCUUACACUUGCAGAAGGUAGCAGAAAGUCCAGACUGUGAGAUGGGAAUAGACAAUUUGUCGCGUAUCUUUGGUCCAAAUGUGGUCGGAUACGGCAUGGUGACACAGGCGCCAGAAAUGUAUACUGUCACUGCGCAGAUGGCUAACGUUAUGCAAGUUCUACUCCGCCUACCAGGCGACUACUGGUCUCAAUGGGCGUGUCCGGGGGAUUCACCUCAACGUGCGCCUGCGCAGGCUCCAAGGGGAUUCUUCUUUUCGCCCGCUGAUAAUGGCGUAUCGCGCAAGAAAAGGAACUUUUUCUGA